AGAAGGUUGCUUUAAACUAUUUGUUCAUUCACUGGAACCAAAUCGAUUGAGGCAUUGUUAAAGUAUUUGAAGACCACCAGUAUGUUUUCUCAACAAGUUAAGGAAUUAUAAAAGUGAAAUUAUCAAGAAUAAAAAUUUAUAAAGGCCUAGUCAUGUAGCAAAUAUGAAUAUUGCCUGCAUCUGUAGGAUUGCGGCCUGUGAUAUUUGGACCAUGCUGGAUAUGCUAAAGUUCGUGAAUUUAACCGACAGCAAGACCUAAGAUUUCACAUUUUGGUCACACAAUACUUAUCUAUGUGGGUUGUUUAAGUGCUAGAUAGGCGAUCAAGAUGAUCCGUUAUGUGAAAAUAUUGUGUUCUAUGUGUCCUGGGAAUGAUAUUCUGUGUUAAAACUUUUGACUUAUUUUGAAAUGGAAUUUGAACGAUAUGCUAAAGUACUCUACCUGUCAGUAGUGCUAAUUACAUGUGACGUAAUCGGAAAACGUAGGGGUCAGUCUCCUCCUCCUCCUAACCCCGAUGCCCCACGGUUGUUGGCCUUUUCCGUGGACCCACCGGUCAACCACACACCCAAGUUCGUUGUUGUGCCCGUGGAUACUAAAACUGACUUACGGUUAGGAUGUCGAACCAAAAACAUAAACGAACCCAUUCAGGUAUUUUGGGAGAAAAUCGGGGCGAGGGGGGUAGAGCAGAUCACCAGCAUGAUUACGCCUUAUCCCGAGGAUAGUGAAAAAUAUGAAGUCUCCACGGGGUCCUCAUUUAGUGAUGACGUCACCGACCUGUUUUACCUCACAGUUAACGACAUCGAUUAUCAUGACAUGGGGAAGUACGUUUGUUAUACCUACUACAAGUACAGAAGAAUAGGAGGCGAAGUCGUGGUUUACGUUAGAGGUCCCCCAAAAGUAGGCCUAUUCGAGUCCAUGAUCUCUGGAAUGCUGAACUGGGACCUUAAAUUAGUGUGCCCUUUCCACUCCAAGGACGAUAUUGAAGCCAGCAGAACUCUGUGGUAUAAAGGAGACCAGCCCCUCCAUAAUGGCACAAACGACAGAUUCAAAACUUACUUGAAGCGCUAUGAUGCGAUAGGUGGAGAAUUCUGUCUUUACAUCUCAAAACUCCAGGAAGAGGACGUGGGCAAUUAUACGUGUGUCGUCACAAAUGCAUAUGGUUCAGAUACAGGAAACAUAGAAGUGAAAGCUGGAAGAAACAAAACUAUGGCUGAGAUAACUACAGACAAGAAGAUCUAUUUUAUCUAUCCCACCCAGUCUCAAAUCAACGUGGACGCCAGCCAACCCCUCAAACUAUGUUGCAAGGCAGAGGGAUUCGAUAAACUACCGAUGAUGAUGUGGUUGAUCCGUAGUAUCACGGGCAGUGAAGUUCACCUGAGAGCAGAGGACGAGUAUAUGGUCGGGGAUGUCCGUCUCAGAUCCUACUAUAUAUUUAAUGCAACAGGGAUCUUCUUUAACCUCAUGGCCGACAGUCUCACCAUCAACUUCACAGGAACGUACAUGUGUGGCAUCGACCUGCAUGAUAAAAUCUACCACGAUCAUAUUAAUAUAACUGUACAAGGUCGGCCUAUUGUGACGGCGGACACCACGAUGAUGAAUGGCACUGUGGAAGAAAACAAGAAUUUGACCUGUCACGUGUGGAGCAGCCCUACCCCAACAUUACUCACUUGGUAUUUUGAUGACGCCAUUCUGCCGUCAUCUUCAAGACUAAACAAGUUUGUGGUUUACCAUAAUGAAUAUCAACUGGACAUGGUAUUAAACAUCAAAUCUGUGGAAGUCUCCGAUUUUGGAGUGUACACAUGUAAAGUGUAUAAUUCUUAUGGUCAAGGAAUCGCUGUACAAAUGAUUCAAGAUAUCGAUGAAUGUAGUUACGAUCCCCAGAUAUGUGGGCCAGCCAACUGUAUCAACACGAUGGGAGGUUACAGCUGUGAUUGUGGGUCUGGAUACUUGUUCCAGAACGGCACCUGCAAUGAUAUUGAUGAGUGUAACUUGCCAAACAAGAAGCCCUGUGCCGACAUUUGUCUGAACACUGCCGGUGCCUACCAGUGUUCAUGUAGAGACGGUUACGUCAUAGAUACGUCAAACAGCUACGCAUGUCUGGCUGUAUCUGGGUUAUCCGGUUCAGACAGUAAUGACGACACAGAAGACUCGGACCUGUACAUUAUCAUAGGGGCCGCCUCAGCUGUCCUACUGGUUCUGAUCUUGUCCAUACUGACACUAGCCUGGUUCAGAAGAAGAAAGUUUGAAUCCUCCGACAAUGCGUCUACAAAACAGAUAUUCCAGGACAAUGUGGCCUACCAGUCCAGUGGAGAGAGCACAGUAAAAUUGAACUCUUACUUUGAGGACCUGAAGAAAUGUGUCCUUCCUAGUGAUGAGUUUCCAAGGCAACGUCUGCAGCUCGGCAUUGAUUUAGGUCAAGGUCGUUUUGGGAAGGUCAUGAUGGCUCGUGCUUUAAAUAUCAAUGGAAAUUCAGAUUGGGAAAUGGUUGCAGUUAAAACCAUUCGUGAUUGUGCAAUUGAUGCAGAAAAGGAGGAUCUGUAUCAGGAAUUAGAAAUAAUGAGAAAGAUUCCACAUCACCCCAAUGUUGUUGAUUAUCUCGGCUGCUGUACCCAGCAAGAUCCAAUGUACAUCAUUAUGGAGUACGUUCCGGGAGGUAACAUGCAGCAGUACCUGAGAAAGUUCCGUCCUUCCCAGCAGGCUACAAACAGUGAGGAACUGGUGCCCCCCACAGCCAAAGACCUCAACAGCUACGCCCUCCAAAUCUCCAAGGGCAUGGAGCACCUAUCUUCACUAAAUGUAAUACACCGUGACCUUGCUGCCCGUAAUAUUCUGAUCGACCGGAAGAGGGUGUGUAAGAUCUGUGACUUUGGUCUGGCAAGGAAUGUGGAGGGGGAGGAAGUUUACGAGAGAUCCUCCAAGGGUCCUCAGCCAAUCCGCUGGAUGGCGCCAGAGUCGCUGUCUGAUCAGUGCUUCACCAGGAAGAGUGACGUUUGGUCGUAUGGAGUUCUUCUCUGGGAGAUCGUCACUCUCGGUGCCACUCCGUAUCCUGGUAUGGCGGCCAGAGAGGUCAUCUCCACGGUGAUGAUGGGAAAAUGGCUCUCUCGUCCUCUACACUGUAAACCAGAAUUGUACGCACUUAUGGUGCGAUGCUGGGACAUGAUGCCGCAGAAUCGUCCGUCCUUUAAUGAAAUCAGCAAGAGUGUGGAAACGCUUCUAGAAAAAGAAGCAGACUAUAUCGAAUUCAAAGCCUACGAGGAAGCCAUAUUCAGUGUACUUGACCCUGACCUUGUUGAUGAGCGUGUGUAGGUCAUAUAGCAAACAAAUGGAAUGUCCCGGUAUAUACACAGACGUUUCCCUCCAAUUAAAUGACAGAUAAUUCGAAAUAUUAAGUGGAAAUUACACGAUAAAUCUCAGAUAAUCCAUUGUGAAAUGUGUGUGGAAUAAUGAUAUGGAAAUAUUACCUCUGCAAAAAAAUAUCCGAAGUACACAUGCGUCGCAACGUUCAGAAGAAGGUGUAACAGAACCGAGGUGAUCCUUGGAAGUAUGACUUCUGGAUCAAGCGUGCAUUUGUUCUGUGUGUGUUGGUCUUUGAGUUGGAGGGAGUGAACACAGUGUAUGACUGAUAAGUUAAUCAGGAAAUUUUCACUGUGUCUAUAUAUUAUGAUAAUCUCAAAAGACCACCUCAACUAUGAAAUAUACAAACCAUACCUUACAGGGUCAAAUCAACGAAUGUGGUGGUGUUUUGUGAAUGUUUUGUCAUGACAAUUUAACUUGUUAAUGUAAGUCAAAGUAUAUAUGGCAAUGUUUGACGCAUUAGAGUGAGUCGUGACUCGUGUUGUAGGAGUGUUUUGUUAUGAGAGUGUGUGACUACAUUUUAAUUGUUGCUGUGAUUUGUCGGCAACAACUUAGUACUGUGAUAACUAUAAACUUUUAUGCAUAAUCUUUCAUCGCAUUACCGACAUUAGUACGUAAGAGGGUAGUUUGAAGGUAAACAGUUUUGAGAAAAAAAUGUUUAUCAUUAAACAAACGUAUUUAUCAUGUUCAUCUCAGAUGGAAUCCAUCUUUAAAUAAAAGCUUUAAAGAUACUGUUUUUGAACAA